UCUGAUUGUUUGCCUUAUGAUGUGACUAAGGUUCUGAUUGUUUGCCUUGUGAUGUGACUAAGGUUCUGAUUGUUUGCCUUGUGAUGUGACUAAGGUUCUUUUGGUGAGAAUGACAUAUAGAAUUUAGAACAUGUCCCGGUUAGGAGAAAAUAUUAAAUACGGAUGAUAAGAAAUAAAAUUACAGUAUGGGUAUUCAAGUUCACAAUUAUUGCCUAAUGUAGACGUAAUUUAAGAAACUGCAAAGCACUCCAAGGUUAAACAACUUGGAUAUAGAUUGAUUUUAACACACCAUUUCAUUUACAUAUUUGUUUCCAGGUAAAGACAUCAUAACAGAAGAUAACAGUUCAAUGAUAGCAUUAGCUGCAGGUCUAACCUUUUUAUUUCCUAUAGUUGUCGCACUUAUUAUAAACGUUUGUAAUAGACACUGUCGUAAAAAGCCUGCCAAUCGACUUCCGAUUGUCGCGAGAAGUCGCUCAAGAGAUAGCAUCGUCAACCAGGCUUUAUUUGACGCACCACCUAGUUACAAUUUACUAUUCGGUCAUAAUUCAACCGUUGCUAGUACAGAAAACUUAAUUCAAAGUGAAACUCGAUCAUCACAUGAAGAACCUAUAUCAAAUGACCACCAACCAAAUCAGAUCUGUAUUCAUACACUACCUUCCUCGAACAGUUUACCGAUAAAUUCCGAAUCGGUAUCUGAAGCUGAUAGUUGUUACAGACAGUUCCGGGACAGAAUCAAGAAACUUCCGGGAAUGCAUUUAUCAGUUAUGGACAUGUAUAAUCAGUAUCGAGACAGUAGUAGUACAACACCUCCACCAUCUUAUAACGAGGCUCUGGUUAUACUUGCUACUCUUCCGGGAAAACAAGAAGAGUCCUGAUUCAUCAAAUGCUAUAAUUUGUUAUUCAUAUGUGCCAUUUCAUAAAUGUGUCAAAGUUAUGUGCCAAACAACCAAAACUGCAGAAAUCCAAUACUUAUUAUCUUUGAAGUGUACCUCAUUUAUUAAAAGGUAGAACACAAAGUAAUCUAGCAUAAUAUGAGCAACGUUGUCAAAUAUUUAAAGAGAUAUUGUUCUUUUGAACAUUAUGUGUGCGAGAGGAUCCAGUUCUAAUUGAAUUUGUUUUAUAGAUUUAAUUGUUAUUUAUUAAAUUGUUAAUAAUUAUAAA